AUGGAGGAGAGUAAGAACGAGGCCACGAAUCGGGCCCACGUCCUCUUUGACCGCUUCGUGCAGGCCACCACCUGCAAGGGGACCCUCAAGGCCUUCCAAGAGCUCUGCGACCACCUGGAACUGAAGCCUAAGGACCACCGCUCCUUUUAUCACAAGCUCAAGUCCAAGCUUAACUACUGGAAAGCCAAGGCCCUCUGGGCAAAGCUGGACAAGCGGGGCAGCCACAAAGACUACAAGAAGGGAAAGGUGUGCACGAACACCAAGUGUCUCAUCAUUGGAGCCGGCCCCUGUGGUCUCCGCACAGCCAUUGAUUUGUCCUUGCUGGGAGCUAAGGUGGUCGUCAUUGAGAAGCGAGACGCCUUCUCCCGCAACAACGUCUUGCACCUCUGGCCGUUCACCAUACAUGACCUACGAGGUCUGGGUGCCAAGAAGUUCUACGGCAAGUUCUGUGCUGGGGCCAUCGACCACAUCAGUAUCCGUCAGCUUCAGCUGAUACUUUUGAAAGUAGCCUUGAUCCUAGGCAUUGAGAUCCACGUCAAUGUGGAAUUCCGAGGACUUGUGGAGCCUCCUGAGGAUCAAGAAAAUGAACGGAUAGGUUGGCGGGCCCUGGUGCAUCCCAAAACGCACCCUGUGUCAGAAUAUGAGUUUGAAGUGAUCAUCGGCGGGGAUGGCCGCAGGAAUACCUUGGAAGGAUUUCGUCGGAAAGAAUUCCGUGGCAAAUUGGCCAUUGCCAUUACAGCAAAUUUUAUUAACCGAAAUACAACAGCAGAAGCCAAAGUGGAAGAAAUCAGUGGUGUGGCUUUUAUAUUCAACCAAAAAUUUUUCCAGGAACUGAGGGAAGCCACAGGGAUUGACCUGGAGAACAUUGUCUACUACAAAGAUGACACACACUACUUCGUUAUGACCGCCAAGAAGCAGAGCUUACUGGACAAAGGGGUGAUACUGCAUGACUACGCCGACACGGAGCUCUUACUCUCCCGGGAGAAUGUGGACCAGGAGGCCCUGCUGAGCUACGCCCGGGAGGCAGCCGACUUCUCCACCCAGCAGCAGCUGCCGUCGCUGGACUUCGCCAUUAACCACUACGGGCAGCCUGAUGUGGCCAUGUUCGACUUCACGUGCAUGUACGCCUCCGAGAACGCGGCCCUGGUGCGGGAGCACAACGGACACCAGCUGCUGGUGGCUCUGGUGGGGGACAGCCUCCUGGAGCCUUUUUGGCCGAUGGGAACAGGAAUAGCCCGGGGCUUUCUGGCUGCUAUGGACUCGGCCUGGAUGGUGCGCAGCUGGUCUCUGGGGACGAGUCCCUUGGAAGUCCUGGCAGAGAGGGAAAGCAUUUAUAGGUUGCUGCCUCAGACCACCCCUGAGAAUGUGAGCAAGAACUUCAGCCAGUACAGUAUUGACCCUGUCACCAGAUACCCCAACGUGAACGUCAACUUCCUCCGGCCGAGCCAGGUGCGCCAUCUGUAUGAUACUGGAGACACAAAAGAUGUUCAUCUGGAGAUGGAGAACCUUGUGAAUUCCCGAACCACCCCAAAGCUGGCCCGCAACGAGUCUGUGGCUCGUUCCAGCAAGCUGCUGGGUUGGUGCCAGCGGCAGACAGACGGCUAUGCUGGGGUGAACGUGACGGACCUCACCAUGUCGUGGAAGAGCGGCCUGGCCCUGUGUGCCAUCAUACACCGAUACCGCCCUGACCUGAUAGAUUUUGAUUCUUUGGAUGAGCAGAAUGUGGAGAAGAAUAACCAGCUGGCCUUCGAUAUUGCUGAGAAAGAGCUGGGCAUUUCUCCCAUCAUGACAGGCAGAGAGAUGGCCUCCGUGGGGGAGCCGGACAAGCUGUCCAUGGUGAUGUACCUGACCCAGUUCUACGAGAUGUUCAAGGACUCGCUCCCCUCUCGAGACGCCUCAGACCUGAACGCGGAGGAGAGGGCUGUCCUGAUAGCCAGCACCAAGUCCCCUAUCUCCUUCCUGAGCAAACUCGGGCAGACCAUUUCUCGGAAGCGCUCCCCCAAGGACAAGAAGGAAAAGGACUUGGAUGGUGCUGGGAAGAGGAGAAAGACCAGCCAGUCAGAGGAGGAGGACACGCCCCGGGGCCACAGAGGAGGGAGGCCCACCCUGGUGAGCACGCUGACCGACCGGAGGAUGGACGUGGCCCUCGGCAACCAGAACAAAGUGAAGUACAUGGCAACCCAGCUGCUGGCCAAGUUUGAGGAGAACGCGCCCCCACAGUCUGUGGGUGUGAGGAGACAGGGCUCCAUAAAGAAGGAGUUCCCGCAGAACUUGGGAGGCAGCGACACCUGCUAUUUCUGCCAGAAGCGGGUCUAUGUGAUGGAGCGGCUGAGCGCUGAGGGCAAGUUCUUCCACCGGAGCUGCUUCAAGUGCGAGCACUGCGCCACCACCCUGCGCCUAUCAGCCUACGCCUAUGCCCUUGAGGACGGUAAAUUCUACUGCAAGCCACACUACUGUUACCGGCUGUCCGGCCCUGCGCAGAGGAAGAGACCGGCAGGGGCGCCUCUGUCUGGAAAGGAGGCCCGGGGACCCCUGCAGGACAGCCCGGCCACAGAUGCCAGCGGACGGCCCAGCACCAGUGCCAGCCCUGCCGAGAGAAGCCCAGGCCCAAGCGUGAAUGGCCUAGAGGAGCCUAGCGUCGCCAAGAGACUGCGGGGCACCCCGGAAAGGAUCGAGCUGGAAAACUACCGGCUGUCGGUGCGGCAGGCAGAAGGGCUGGAGGAGGUGCCCGAGGAGACGCAGGCCGAGCACAACCUGAGCAGUGUGCUAGACACAGGGACAGAGGAGGACGCAGCCAGCAGCAGUUCGGAGUCGGAGAUGGAGGAGGAGGAGCCCCCGCUGCCCACCUCGGACCUGGGCGGCGUUCCCUGGAAGGAGGCCGUGAGGAUCCAUGCCCUCCUGAGAGGGAAGAGUGAAGAGGAGCUGGAGGCCUCCAGGAGCUUCGGGGCCGGGGAGGAGGAGGAGGAGGACGAGGAGGACGAGGAGGAGGAGGACGAGGAGGAGGAGGACGAAGAGGACGAGGAGUCUAGCGAAGUCGGGAGCCCGAGGAGGCUGCAGCAGCUGCUGAACCCGGCCGAUCCCCUGGAGAUCCAGGCUGACGUGCACUGGACGCAUAUUCGUGAGAACCAGGAGGAGCGAGCGGCACUGGCACCCGAGUCCCCCCUUCUUGGAGUCCCAUUCGAUGAGGAUGACCUGGAAGGAGAUGUGGACUCAGAACCAGCAGAGGUCGAAGGGGAGGCAGCAGAGAAUGGGGACGCAGGGGACACUGGCGCCGAGCUGGAUGACGAUCAGCACUGGUCGGACGACAUCCCGUCUGAGGCCGACACGGAGCUGCACCGGCCGGUGGUGGGAGCAGAGCUGGAGCUGAGGGUGUCGGACGGCGAGGAGGAGCUACCACUGGCCUCAGCAGGGCACCCAGAGAGAGGUCCCUCCCGAGUCUCCAGCCCCACCCGGUCCCCUGAGGAGCCCACAGGCCUGUCCUCCCCAGCCCACAGCCCCGGGGCACAGAGCGCCUGUCCCCCCCUUGCCACUGUGGCCACCGGGGUAGGGUCACCCGCUGAGAGUCCUCUGCUGGAGCCCUCGACCCCGCCAGCGGAGCCCGAAGCUCGCCCUCCCAUCCGAUCACAGCCUGAAGCCAGGACGCCGCCCUCGCCUGCCAGCCCCCAGCGCACGUCCCCGCCCGCCCCACUGCCCAUCUGCUCCCAGCCUCAGCCGUCCCCUGAGGCCACUGUGCCAUCCCCCACCCUGUCCCCCAUCCGCUCCCAGCCCGUGCCGGCCAGAACCUCCACCCCUCUGGCCCCCCUCCCUGUGAAGAACCAAGGGGUCACCAAGGACACACUGGUCAGCCCCCUCCCUGGGGACGAGGCCCUGAAACGCAGUGACCUGGUGGCUGAGUUCUGGAUGAAGAGUGCUGAGAUCCGCCGCAGCCUGGGGCUCACGCCCGUGCGCCAGAGCCCGGGGUCUGAGCCUGCCUUCCAGUCCCCUCCCCUGAAGGCCUAUCCAACAGAGAAGGCCCCCCAGAGCGAGGGGCUCCGGCUCCUAAAACCCCCAUCUGUCCCCAGGAAACUGGGGCUGCCCACCAUCGAGGGUGCCCAGCCCUGCCCGCCCACCCCUGUGUCCCCGCCCGACAGGGAGCCGAAGGGCCCGCGGGAGGAGCACAGAGACCUGUCCAGCAGCUCAGGGCUGGGCCUGCAGGGUAGCUCCUCCCGCACCAGGACACCGGGCAGCCAGAGCUUCAACACCUCCGACUCCACCAUGCUCACGCCCCCUUCCAGCCCGCCACCCCCGCCUCCUGAUGAGGAGCCUGCUACCCUUCACAGGAAGCCAGCCCUGGCAGGGCAGCCUGUGGCCUCGACACCCACACCCCCGGUUGCCUGCGUGAGGCCCCCACGGGAGCCUGCCCAGACCCCCCAAGAGGAGGCACGGAAGUCUUUUGUGGAGAGCGUGGAUGAGAUCCCCUUCGCAGAUGACGUGGAGGACACGUAUGACGACAACACGUGUGAUGACCGCACGGAGGACUCGAGUCUGCAGGAGACCUUCUUCACACCCCCCUCCCACUGGCCCCACCCCAAGCCGCCCUUGGCUGCAGAGAACGGCCGGGGGCCGGAGAGUGGGGUCCCAUUGCAGAAGCGGGGGCUGCCGCUGGUCUCGGCCGAGGCCAAGGAGCUGGCGGCCGAGCGCAUGCGGGCUCGGGAGAAGUCAGUGCGGAGCCAAGCACUGAGGGACGCCAUGGCCCGGCAGUUGAGCAGGAUGAAGGAGAUGGACAUAGCGGCUGCAGCCCCCGGGACCCCCAGGACCCCCGCACCCCGCAGAGCCGCUGCUGUGCCCCCCAAGGGCCCCGAGGAGCCUGCCCCAAAGCAAGAAGCCACGAGUGAGGAGGUGCUGUCCCCUCCCUCGGACUCAGGGGGCCCGGACGGCUCGGUCACCUCGUCAGAGGGCUCCAGCGGGAAAAGCAAGAAGAGGUCAUCUCUCUUCUCUCCUCGGAGAAGCAAGAAAGAGAAGAAGCCCAAGGGUGAGGGCCGGCCCCUGGAGAGGCCUAGCCCUGGCACUCUGGAGGAAGUGGCCGCCAAGCCCAGGUCUCUGUGGAAGUCCGUCUUCUCUGGGUACCGGAAGGACAAGAAGAAGAAGAGCGACGGCCAGUCCUGCCCCAGCACCCCUUCCAGCGGGACCACAGUGGAUGCUGGCAAGCCCAGGGCAUCUCCCAUCUCAAGAGCAGAGCUGCGGACCCGGCGCCAGCUGAGCUGCUCGGAGGACUCGGACCUCUCCAGCGAUGAUGUCCUCGAGCGGACCUCCCAGAAGUCCAGAAAAGAGCCGAGAACUUACACGGAGGAGGAGCUGAACGCCAAGCUGACCCGACGUGUGCAGAAGGCAGCUCGGAGGCAGGCCAAGCAGGAAGAGCUGAAACGGCUGCACCGUGCCCAGAUCAUCCAGCGGCAGCUGGAGCAGGUGGAGGAGAAGCAGCGGCAGCUGGAGGAGAGGGGGGUCGCCGUGGAGAAGGCGCUGCGUGGGGAAGCAGGCAUGGGCAAGAAGGACGACCCCAAGCUGAUGCAGGAGUGGUUCAAGCUGGUGCAGGAGAAGAAUGCCAUGGUGCGCUACGAGUCGGAGCUGAUGAUCUUUGCUCGGGAGCUGGAGCUGGAGGACCGGCAGAGCCGGCUGCAGCAGGAGCUCCGUGAGCGGAUGGCGGUGGAAGACCACCUGAAGACGGAGGAGGAGCUGGCAGAGGAGAAGAGGAUCCUGAACGAGAUGCUGGAGGUGGUGGAGCAGAGAGAUGCGCUGGUGGCCCUGCUGGAGGAACAGCGGUUGCGCGAGAAGGAGGAGGACAAGGACCUGGAGGCCGCCAUGCUGUCCAAGGGCUUCAGCCUGCACUGGUCCUGA